AAGGCUGCGUUAGGUAAUCCGACAAUAAGACAAAAUAUUCAUUUCUUCAUCACUACAGCCGAAGAGGGAAGGGGGAAUAUACUGGGCCCAAAACUCCAAAUCAGCUACAGUGAAUACAAUUUGGAAAUCUCCAGUUCAAUUUAGGUAAAAAUUGAAGAAUUUCGGGAAGGAAAAGGAGAGUCGAUUCAGCUCAGCUGUCAACGAGAUUAGUCUUUUCUCGAUUCAGCUUCUGAGAGUUAUAUUUAUGCUCUUAGAGAAUUUUGCUUAAGAAGUGAAGGGGAUGUCAUCCAAAGUUGAAUCCAAGAAAAGUGGCGAUGAAGAUCUAAACUGCGGGCUUCUAUUGCGUGAUAUUGAAGAAAUUAGCAAAGCCCUUUACUUGCAUAAAAGCCCGCGCGAUGCAUUUAAUUCAACUUAUGACCACCAUCGACACGUGGCAACUAACAUUGGCGUUUCAGAGUCCAAAUCUAAUGUCUUUAUUCGAGAUUCAUUACAUAAGGACAAGAAAUCAUCAAUAUGGAAUUGGAAGCCCAUAAAGGCUUUGACCCACGCCCGGAAUCAUCGGUUCAAUUGUUGUUUUUUCUUGCAUGUCCAUGGUAUUGAAGGAUUGCCACCGUACUUCAACAACCUUAAGUUGUGCGUAACAUGGAAACAGAAGGCCAAUAUUUUGCAAACUCGCCCUGCUCAGGUCUGUUCGGGAAUGGCUGAGUUUGAAGAGACUCUGUUGCACCAAUGCACUAUUUACGUAGGUAGAACUGGGCCCCAUGGUACAGCAAAAUAUGAUCCCAAGCUUUUCUUGCUUCAUGCCUCAGUUAUAGGUGCACCAACGCUUGAUAUAGGGAGUCGCUGGGUUGAUCUAACGAGGUUACUUCCCCUUACCUUGGAUGAGUUAACAGGGGAUAAAAGUAGCUCAGGAAAGUGGACUACUGGCAUUAAGCUCACAGGUCCGGCUAAAGGUGCAGUUUUAAAUGUUAGCUUUGGCUUUUCCAUCUUUGAUGGUAGGUCGAUUGAGCCUGGUUAUUUUGCCAAAGUUCCUGAUAUUGCUAAGGAAGGUGGACUACAUCAUCUUUCUGACUAUGAUAUUAGUAGAACUAACCAGCCUAACAAUCUUGGUAGUGUUCCAUUGAUGUCACGCGGAGGGUCUUAUCAACAGUCCCAAUCGGCAAACUUAAAAUUACUUGAUGAAAUGUUCCUACAGCAAGGGACAGAACUUUCUCAAUCUGUUACUUUGUUGUAUCAGAAAUUUGAUGAGAAAAAGACGGGUGAUCCCAUGGAGUUUGACUUCUACGGUCAUGUAGACUCCUGGAAACCAAUGUCUAACCCUUCACCCGAGUCUGAGUAUGUGGGUGGCCAAACUAGACACGAGUUUGAUGUCACCGAAUUUGGUGUAAUUGAGCAGGGUUUAGAGGUAUCGUUGAAGGAUCAGAUAAAACCAGAAAGUGGUAGUAGUCAGAGGUUUGACUCUUCUGUAAUUGAAACAAUUGAUGUUGCUGAGAUUUUCAAGGGAGAGGAGACCAGUUUUGUUGAGUAUAUCGAAUGGAAAUCAAAGCUUGAUAUAGAUAAUUGUGAUGAGUAUGAGUAUGCAGCAGACAAACCAGAACACAGAGAUAAUAGCACACAUAUUACUGAACUAGCCUUUGAAGAACUUGAUUCAGAUUUCAUUAACCUACUAACAUGUAAACCAUCGGACUUAGAUUCUUUGUUAGAUAGAAGUACAUACAAUGAGCAUCGGGUGUACAUGAGAUCCGAGUCUAGAUGCAGAGCUCAAAGUUUGAGGAGAUCACUUAGCUUGGAUGAUCUUGUGCUUGCAGAAUCAAUAGAAAAUGAUUUUCUCAACAUGUUGAGCAUCGACCAGGAUCAAGAAGAUAUAGUUUCUGGUAGUGGCCAUGACUCGCCAAUAGAUCUCCUCAGACAGUGUGAAGAGGAUCCUGUAGCUUGGGGAAGCUCUGUUCUCGAUGCUGAUCUGAUGGUAGAGGAGGAAUCUUGUAGCUUUAAUCCCACAGGCUAUGGGAAAGCGGCAUUUGCAGUUGAUCUUGAUGUAUCAUUUCCCAUUCAAUAUGUCGAAAAGAAUCACCGUAGUUUAGAUCGAUCUUUAAGGGACAAAAGAAAUGCUGAAAUGUUAGAGAACUUGGAAACAGAAGCUUUAAUGCAUCAGUGGGGUCUGACUGAGAAGGCUUUUCAGUAUUCGCCACAUGCUACCUCUGGUGGAUUUGGAAGUCCGGUCUAUCUUCCUCCCGAAGAACCCUUACAUUUACCUCCUAUUGUGGAAGGCAAAGGUCCAAUUGUUCGGACAAAGGACGGUGGUUUCUCGAGGUCAAUGAAUCCCUUGCUUUUCAGAAAUGCAAAUAAUGGUGCUAGAUUAAUCGUGCAAGUCUCUGCUCCCGUUGUGCUACCCUCAGCAAUGGGAUCUAUGACACUGGAAAUGCUACGAUGUUGGGCAUGUGUAGGAGUUGAAAGGAUGUGUUUUCAGGCAAAUGAAUUGAUGCCUCUGGAAGAUGUCACAGGGAAGACAAUACAGCAAGUGCUGGCAGAAGCAGAAUCGGCAUCAGAUGCUUCCAAUAGAUGCGAUGAACAACGGGAAUCUGAUGAUGGCGAGUCAGUUGUUGAGAAGAAAACAGCUGAAUAUCAACAUUCUGCUGUCCUAUACUCUUGCUCCAGUGCAGAGCAGAUUGGUUCUGAUUCUGUGUCGAUAGAAGAUCUUGUUCCCAUGGCCAUAACCAACAUUGAGAGCCUUUUAGUUGAAGGGCUAAAGAUUCAGUCGGGCAUGCCAGAUCAAGAACCUCCUACAAGCAUUAUGAGCCAUCUUUCUGGGGCCUCAACCUCCUCAAUUCUUGGUGCCGAUGAAUUAAUCAAGUGUUCCUUGUCAUUGGAGGAAUGGCUGAGGUUGGAUUCAGGUCAACUUCAUAUUGAAGAAUCCAAUCAUGAAAAUAUGUCGAAGCUUUUUGCAGCUCAUGGUGCUAAGCCUCUAGAAUUGGGCAGCGAAGAGCUCAAAAUGGACGAUGAAAUGGUGAAGCUGUUAGGUAGGAGUGGCGGUGCUUUCAGCGAAAACUUCAGAAUGGGCUUAAAAGUGCAGCUUAGAGAUCCCCUACGUAACUAUGAGAUGGUGGGCUCCCCUAUGCUUGCUCUGGUUCAAGCGAAUCGGGCUUAUUUGCCACCACAGCCAGAGAUGACUGACCGCGAGGGUGAAGAAGCUGAUUCUGAAGAGAAUAGGAAGAAUAUCUAUCAACCAAUGUUCAAAGUCUCAGAAGUCCAUCUUGCUGGAUUCAAUGUAGCACGACAUGGUAAUAAGCCGGUCUGGGGAAGUAGCAGACAACACCAAUCUGGAUUGCGGUGGUUGCUCUCGAGUGGCAUGGCAAGGUCCAAGAAGAAUCUUGUUUCAAACUCUAACAUAGUUGUAAGAUCAUCAUCUGGAUUAGUGAGGAAGGCGAAAUCCGAAGAAGAUGUUUUGUGGAGCAUAUCUGUUCCUACCGAAGGCGAAGCAACUACAUGGGAUGAAAGGAUUGCCCUAAAUGUUCAUGUAAGAAAUCCUGAUAUAGUUUUUCCCAUAUAAUCUGCCUAGUGAUGAAAAGGAGCAGAAUUAGACUAGCUUCUUUAAUUCUUUGAAAUGGGGCAGCAUAUAUUAUAUAGAUAGGUUUUUAAGCAUGAAAAUCUGUUGAAAAAUGUACAAGAUUGGCUGCACAUAGCAUCACUGUACAGAAUUCCUCAUAAAUUAUGAAUCCAUUAUGUUUUCUCUAGAA